AUGGCUAGAACGAAACGAGCAGGCCAAAAAUCAAAGAAAACAACAACAGAAGAUUAUCCAAAGGCACGGUUAUCAUUGGCAAUAAAACCGACCAAUACUACAAGUUCAAAUUCAAAUUUAACAACUGUGGAUCAAUCAUUAUCUAACCAUACACGUAAUGAUACUGUACCUUCAACGUUACCAUUAGCGGUCGUCGACAUGAUUAUUGGUAAUAAUGGAAACUCAGCAUCUGCUUCGCGUACUGUUGAACUAAAUGUUGUUCAAUCGUCAAGUGAUAAAAGUGAAUCACCAUCGACAUCAGCAAAAGAAAAGAAAACAAAACCUAAGACAAAAGCAACAACUACCGAUCCGGAAUUCAAUUUGAAUCAUGAUAACCGACAUGAGAGCGAUGCACAAUAUGAUCUACAUACUUCUAUAGAAGAAAGUGGUGGCAUCGACCGAUUUUUAAACACACCGUCAAUGAUACUUUAUAAAAAGAACUUGAAAAACCAAUGUAAGUUUCUUAUUCAUUAUAUUUUCGAUGUUUUAACUAUUUUUGAAGAGAAUAAUCGUCUCACUUUCUUCGUAUAG